AGGCCGUGCUUAUGCAGAGUCUGAUUGGCUUACUGAUGGUAAGCGCGGACACCCAUGACCGUUGGAAAGCUGGGCUUGCGGAGGGCGGAAGUGCUUGGUUUACAGACGCCUUAGUAAGGGCGGAAGUAGAGGCCUCGGCGGAAGUGGCGUCAGGAAGGGCGGGCAGUGUGGCCGGGGUCUGAGCUGGUCGUGCGUCCCCGCCGGGCUGCUGCCCUCGCUGGGCUGCCGCGAUGGAGCUCAGCGCCGAAUACCUCCGGGAGAAGCUGCAGCGGGACCUGGAGGCAGAGCACGUGGAAGUGGAGGACACGACUCCCAACCGUUGCGCGUCCAGUUUCCGAGUCCUGGUGGUGUCGGCCAAGUUUCAGGGGAAGCCGCUGCUUCAGAGACACCGGCUGGUGAACACGUGCUUAGCAGAAGAACUCCCGCACAUCCAUGCCUUUGAGCAGAAAACCCUAACCCCAGAGCAGUGGGCCCGUGAGCGGCAGAAAUAAGGGACCUGGACCAGCACAGCCAUUAAAUUAUGAAUCAGGGCCA